GGCGACCUCCGGCAGCGCGCGGUGUGAUGCCACGUGAGUGAGUGACGUGUUGUGGGGCAAAGGCCCGCUCGUUCGAAAAUAGAAAACGGAAAAAUUGAACCCCAGAUGGGAGUGUACGAGGAGAGGGGGACGAUGCACUGGCAACAGAGUGAGAGGUACCUAUCAUCGGCUUACGAGGGAGGCGGCGACUUGUCCCCGGUAGCCCCCGCGGCGUCCCCGGGCUCGCCCCGGGACUGCACCUCGUGCCGCAAGCGGGAGCCCCCGGACGAGCCCCCGCAGGCCUCCGCCGACGAGCCGUGCGCGGGAUGCGGAGCCCGGAUCACCGACAGAUACUACCUGCUGGCCCUGGAGCGCCGCUGGCACACGCCCUGCUUGCGGUGCUGCGAGUGCAAGAUGCCGUUGGACUCUGAACAGCGGUGCUACGCCAGGGACAGCAAUAUAUUCUGCAAGAAUGAUUACACCAGACUGUACGGUUCGAAGCGGUGCGCGCGCUGUAACACGCCCAUCUCGGCGAUGGAGCUGGUGAUGCGCGCGCGCGACCUCGUGUUCCACGUGCACUGCUUCUCCUGCGCUCUGUGCAACACCCCGCUCAACAAGGGGGACACCUUCGGGAUCAGGGACUCGGCUGUGUACUGCAGGCUGCAUUACGAAACGAUGCCGGAGUACGGCCCCCACAUGGCAGUUCCGGGGCCGCCGCAAAUGUGCCCCGGGCCCUACGGCGGGCCCCCGCCCGGGCCCCACUACCCCCCGUACCCCUCCCCUGACUUCUCCAGGGUGGAGGCAGACGUUCCUAAAGGCGCCUUCUUCAACGGAGCCGCCGCCCCUCCGCCGCGGCAGAAAGGUCGCCCAAGGAAAAAGAAACCCAAGGACCAAGAUCUCAUGUCGGCUAAUCUCGGUGUGGUUCCAGAACGCGCGGGCGAAGUGGCGGCGAAUGGUCACAAAGCAGGAAAACAAGAUGGCGGAGAAAUGCUCACCGGAUGCCUCUCUGGAGAUGGACAUGUACCACGGGCCCAUGGGCUCCAUACAGUCCCUGCCGCCACACAGUCCCCCCUACAGCGUGAUGGGGGGGCCGCCCAGCCCCAACUCCAUGGACUGUCCAUAGCCCCAGUUUUGCGCUUUAUGAGCGCCUCUAAAUGGAACUUUGUGACCAUCAGUGCAUCGUCAAUACUUAUUCUAACAUUCUGGUGCAGAAGAAUCAUCAAAGUUCUGAUAAAUAGUGGUGGUAUUACAAUAUGAACAGCGAUGAUUCUGCAAGUUACGAGACGAAGCUCUGGACUUAUUUAGAUGCAGACUGAAAAUGAAAAUAGUGAGCAAUAGUGAUUGUAAAUUACUUAAACGUAGAUCCUUGGUUGUGUAAAUAUAAAUAGGUACUUCGUGUAAUUUGUCAUCUUGUUGUAAUAUGGAUUAAGUAUCCAAAAUCCUAACAUACAAAAAAAUAACACAAUAAGUAAUUGUAAUGUUACAAACAAGCAAUGUUUGCGCACAUUGAUUUUGUAACGGUGCUGCGGUAAGUUCUUAUAAAAAUGGCACACCUCAAUUGAUAAUGAAAUACCUAAAAAAAGAAGUAAUUAUAAUAGACACCCUCGAAUUUGUUGUUUGGAAUAGAUAGCAAAUAUACUUAGAAUACCUACAUGUAACAUUCUUGCAUUUCAAAUAAGAACUUUAACAUAAAUACUAACAGGCAGAGUCCGAAAGUCUAUUGAAUAAUGGAAUUUUCAUUCAUAAUAAUAUUUCCCAUUUUGUCAAUUAAAAAAUUAAUGAUAUAAUUAUAUCAUCCAAUAAUUAAAGCUGCAGAUAUAUAGUUGAUAGAAUGAUGUAUCAAAUUUGUUAGAUAAAUGGACUUUCAGGCUUAAAUCUUUAUCCGUCAAAGUGAAUAAUAUGUGGUUACUUGUUAUAAUAAUCUGAUCUUCAGGUACUUGAUGUUGACAGUAACACGAGUAGGUUUAUGUACCUAAUGGGACAGCAAUAUACGCAAGUAACUUAAAAUAAUGUGUAUUUCGAUAUGUAUAUGCGUCAACUUGAUGUUUAUAACAAAAAUACUUCAAAUACAACUGUCUUAUUUAUUAAUGUAAUAAAAAAAUUAUCGCCGAAUGACAGGUACAUAUAAUAUAGAGUGCUCGAAAUUUGUGUAAUCACCAAUUAAUCAUCAUUUCAAUUCUGACAUAUCUUUAUCGUUAAAUGAUUCUAGUUUUCAUGCAUAUCUCGUGCUAAUCCGUCCACUAUAAAUGGUCAGCAAUAAUUAUAAAGAAAUACCUACCUAAUUGUCUGUCAAUACAUAAUUUGACAAUAAUAAUUGGGUAUCUUAUGUUAAUUACCAUCGUGUAUACACUUCUAGACGGAUCCAUACAAUAUCUUCAAAAAUUAACAAAUGAUUGAUAAUUCGUAUUAAAAAACCACAAAUAUACUUACUUAUAUGACUUGGUUCGCCGAACCAAAAAUACGAAGAUUUUUUUAAAUAUAAUAUAUACUAUUUAUUUAUUGAACAUUGAUAUUUAAUAUAGACUUUAAGUUUAGCAUAAGAAAUAUAGAUACGUGAAAAUUUCCAUAGACUAAACAAUUUUAAUAGUAGCUUAGCAGUUAAGUCUUGUGUAAAGAUAGGCCGGUUUAAAUGAAAAGGUAUCUUCAAUGAUGUUAUUUAUUUUAUCAAAAAUUGCGUUCGUAAAUCGCGUUAAUAACGAUCAUUAUGUAGGUGUAACUUUUUAAGCAUUACCUAAGUAUAAUUCCGGCUAAGUUCACGCACUGUUAGUUCCUUUUUGUAUAGAUUUUAAAACAUAAUAUAUGAAUAAUCUUCAGUAAUGUUAUUGUAGCAAUCACAAUAUGUAUCUAUAAUCUUAUAAAGUCAUAAUUACUGGAGUUAUCAAUGAAAUGGUUUACAAACUAUCAGAAACCCCAUUUUAUUUUGAUUUCUCCAACAAAAGCAAGUUAUUUAACGUUUAAGCAUAUAUUUACGUACACUUCAGUUCUGGGUUCUUAAAAUGAUUUCGAUUUUACAAUAUGCUUCCAUAAAAAUGUAUUAGAAUAGCAGACGAAAAAUCCUAAAGAUUCCAUUAACGAAAAAUAUU